AUUUAUUGAUUUACUUCUCUCACUCAGAUCAUUUAUUAUCUGACGUGCUCCUGUUGCGAAGAUUGGUUUCAGACAGAAUGUGUUGGAAACUGUAAGGAGUGAAAGUGACUGGGGCGCGUGUAAGAGCCGCAUUGACUGUGUGUGACGACUGAAGGUCACGUGGUACCUACCUGAGGAGGAAGGCAGAUGUCUCACUCUGCUCCUUCUCCAGGUGACCGAUGCAGAGAGAGUUUCAGUUUAAGAACCUCAUGUUAAAAAACACCAAAGACUUUGUUAUCUAAUGAUGAAGGAGUUAAUUAAUCCAUCACGGAUAUUUUCACUUCGUGUGAAGUUACGCUGGGAUUAAAAAUAUUAAUGUCUGUAAUGAGAAAUUAUUUAGAUCUAUGAAGUUAGAAAUAGUUACGUUUGACGUGUGGAUAAUUGAAUAAAAGGUCAUUCUGGGAAAUAUUAAGAUAAAGAAACUUUUACAAGAAACCGGAAGUAUAAUGUUGCCAUGGACACGGCGAGUUACACUGCGGGCUGUACCAUAAGUGCUGUUAUUCAGCCUGUAUUUGUCACAUAUUUGGAAAAUGAAAUACGCCGAAUUAUCCACGAACAUGUUCUUUUUGCUGUGUGCUAAUAGAAACACUGACAACUAUCAGUGAAUUUCUUUGAUAAUGAGGAAAUAUUAAAAACGUGCGGAUUCCUAUGCGAGUUCUGAAGCGCUCCAAAACAAAACACAUGACAUAGCUCACAGCAUAAAACCAUGGUAGUUUCUAACUCUGAGAAGAAACUGGUCAAAGAUUUUACAGCUGAGUGACUCAUCUUCUCACCGCUACAGGCGUCAGAUCCGGGUUAGGCCACGCCCCCUAGCUCCUACCUGUCGAGCAGUGUGAAAACUCCCAGCUCCCACCUGGAUGAACCCUGAGGACGAGAUGAGUCUGCCGGACUACAAAUCAGCGGACAAACAGUCUGCGGCUGCAGCUCCACUCUCUCCUGUGGUGCAGUUAAAUGUUGGCGGUCACCUGUUCAGCACCUCUCUGAGCACACUGAGGAAACACCCCAACUCCAGGCUGGCCGAGCUGUUCGGCGGACACCCCAAACUACGGCCCGACGCACAGGGACGCUACUUCAUCGACCGCGACGGUUCGCACUUCGGAGCUGUCCUCGGCUUCCUGAGAUCAGAGCAGCUGCCCACAGAGAACAUCCAGGAGGUUCACAGGGAGGCGGUGUACUACAACAUCAAACCUCUCAUCAAACGUUUGGAGGAGACUCCUCAGCUGUUUGGAGAGCUGGUGGGACGGCAGCAGUUCCUCUCCAGAGUCCCCCACUAUAAAGAAAACAUCGAGGUGCUGAUUCGUAUCGCCAGAGCCGAGGCCAUCGCCGCCCGCCACUCCACCAUCAUGAUCUGUGUGCUGCGGACGGAGGAGGAUCUGGGUUUCUACGACAACGCCAUCAACAGCCUGGAGGCGGAUAAGGAAUCUGUGGUGACGUUCGGGCCCUGGAAGGCCGUCCCCUCCGUUAAAGACCUGCUGGACUGUGUAAAGAUGGACAUUGAGAGUCAGGGCUACAAGUGUGACACAGGAAAUGAAGUGAGUCUUGUAGAAGCAGCAGCAGCAGCGGAGACAAACAGAGCUGCUGCGGAGGUGAAGACACAAACAUGAAGAGCAUAAAAAACCUGAUGAGAGCUCUGCUGCUUCUAACAGGUAUGUGGUGCAAAAAUGAUGCUGUGUUCAUGUACAGCAAACCUGGAGGUGCUGCCGUCCUGCCGUGCACCAACAUGGAUUCCAUAGACUGCUCACUCAUCUCCUGGACCUUCUGGUCUCCGGGAAAGGGUGGCCAGGUGCGGUACACCUACGAGGUCAGCGGGGGGAAGGUGAGCACGACCUCAGACAAAU